GACUUAAAUUUUAUAAAACCACUUUGCAGUUUUAUUUCAAAGUUCAUAAAAGUAAAAAAACAAUUUUAGAUAAUAAAUAUUUUAGUAUUUAUUCAAGAAACAGUGUUAACUAAUUAAAUUAUAAAAAAAUCAAUUAUUAUUUGAAAAUCAAUUGGCGUUUUUCCAAUUAGACAAAUCAGAUGGGCUUAUUGCAGCAAAUAAAACAAUUAUUUCGGUAAAAGGAACUCAAUAAUGUGUUUCGGUAAAAAAUACAAUAUUUUCAGUAUUAUUGUAUAUUAUUGCAACAAACGAAAGUUAAUCGUAUAGGUACAGCGUAUAUAUUAAAAUAAAUAGACCUCUUCAACAACCAAAACAACCACCAUGACAACCCCGGCAAAAUUAUAUGGGAAAGAUUUAUCGGAAUACGAAGAUGUUGAUGUAGAAGCAUUAUUAGGACAAUUAUCUGCUGACGAAAUAAAUAUUCUAGCUAAAGAAGUUGAUCCUGAUGAUCAAUUUUUACCUCCCGAUCAAAGACACAGUUAUGAAUGUACAAAGUCACCGACUGGACCUUUGGAUAGGAAAAAAUUGAUUGAUCACAUAAAUAAACAAGCUCUUGAGACACCUGAUGUACCAGAAUUUGAACCUUUUGUCCCAGGCGUAGUAAGAGGAAAAAAAUGGGUACCACCACCACCUGAAGAAAAAUAUCAAAAAGCUGAUGAGCAGAUCGCUAUUGAUUUGGGUGACGAGUAUGAAACAGCAUUGUCAAAUGCCACACAAGAAGAAAUCAUAGAUUUGGCAGCUAUUCUAGGAUUUCAUUCCAUGAUGAACCAAGAUCAAUACCAUGCAUCACUUUUAAAUAAAGGUCAGCCCAUUGGUUUGGGAUGGGAUGGUAUCACCAAAGCAUCUCGGCCAAAAGCUUUUCCUAUGGAACCACCAAACACAACAGAUGUUGAUGAAACGAUUAAGCGCGUGAAGUCUAAUGACACUCAAUUAAUUGACUUAAACUGGAAUAACAUAAAGAAUAUUUCUGAUGAAAAAUUCGAUCAACUAUUUGAAGCAAUAAAAUCAAAUAAUCAACUUCAAACACUGCAACUUACCAAUACUGGAUUACAAGAUAAACAUGCUUUGAAGUUAGCUGAAGCUUUGGAUGUAAAUGGAACAUUAAAAGUAUUGAACGUUGAAACCAAUUUCAUUAGCCCUCCAGUAAUUGUUAGACUAAUCAAAUCAUUGCUGUCUACAAUGACUUUAGAAGAGUUUAGAGCAUCUAACCAGAGAUCUGCAGUCUUGGGCAACAAAAUUGAAAUGGAUAUCACUGAUUUGGUUGAAAAAAAUACUACUUUGUUGCGACUAGGAUUACACUUGGAAUAUAAUGAUUGUCGUCAUCGUGUUGCAACUCAUUUGCAACGUAACAUCGAUAGAAUACGUGUAGAAAAACGGAAAAAAAUACAGGAACUUCAAGCUAAAUUAUCACCGCUUAAUGUUGAUACGUUAAAAAAACUUAACGCACCAAUUAUGCGUAAAAUCGGCCCAAUUCCUGGCUCUGAACCUCAGCUCUCUGUUCUUAAUGCCUUAAAGGAGGCAAAUCGGAGAAAAAUGUCCUCUCGACCAACACCAACUCCAUCACCUGAGCCACAUUUAUUACAAGCUCCAAAUGGUCGUAUUGAACAAUACACACCCUCACCGUCUCCCGAACCAGUUGAAUUUGAUACUGAAAUUGAUCCUGAUAAUAUGAUUGUCAGGGGUAGUUCGGAUGUUGAAGAACAUGAAUACGAUGAAGAAGGUCGAAUCAUCUUGAAAAAUGAUAAUUAAAAAAAAAACGUUAAUUUUACCCUUUAUACUGUUGCUGUUGUUAUGUAGUUUUAAAGAUGUACAAUUGAAAAAUCAAUAAUUUAUAUUAUAAUUAAGAACAAAAAAACACGCAAGAACUCAAGAAACAGUCCGAUCAUAUAGUGGCAUAACCAUAACACAGACUGAAAGUGCUUAAUUCAUCGUAUAUGGUAAGAAAAGAUCUGACCCUUCGGCUCCAGUUUCGAUUCUUUAAUCUACCUAGGAAGACAGGAACAAUGAUACAAUAAAACAUCAUGAAACAAUUAUACACUUAAAAAUAAUUCAAUAGCGUAGGUUUAAAUUAAUUUGAAGGAAUUGUUAGAAGUCACGUAUAUAUCCUGUAAAGUACAUUAAUUAGACAAAAGAUGCAGUAAAACAAUGUUUACAAAAAACCCAAAAAUGUGUUAGCAAUAUAAGGUUUCAUAUAAUAAAAUAAGAACGCCAAGCUCGUUUACUUGAUCGCCAAAAUAAGAAAAAAUAAAAAAAAGCUAACCAGCAGGCCAUUUUAAAGGAGCAAUCAUGAUUUUUGGUCAUAGCUGUAAGAAGAUGUAUAAGCUAAAAG